AUGCCUUCGCCACCCAUGGCAGGAUUCAAGCAGAACCCCCACGCCCCGCUCCGCCUCCUUUCGCUCGACGGAGGCGGAGUGCGCGGUCUUUCGAGCUUGAUGGUCCUGGACGAUCUGAUGGAGAACAUUGCGCACGAGGAAAAGCGCCUGGGCAAGCGCGACCCCGGUCACACCAAGCCGCUCAAGCCGUGCGACUACUUCGAUCUGAUCGGCGGCACCUCGACCGGCGGCAUCAUCGCCGUGCUCCUUGGAAGGCUGCGCCUCGACGUCAAGCAAUGCAUUCGCAUCUACACCAAGCUCGCCGAGGAAAUCUUCAAGAAAGACCGCUCCAUCACCGUCCUCGGCGUGAAGCUGCCCACCAGCUCCACCCGCUUCUCCGGUGCCGUUCUCGAGGCCGCCAUCAAGAGAGCACUCGUCGAGCUCGGCUACAGCGAAGACGAGCCCAUGUGGGACGACUCGCUAUUCGAGGAGAUCAUCGAGCCGCUGGACACCCAAGCCGAGAACAUAUGGGCCGAUCAGCCAACUCCCCCGCGCUUCACCGAAUCGCCUGAGGCGAGCUUCAGCCUCCCAAGAGAAAUCGAGGAGUCGCGCACAACGCUGUGGCAGAGCUACAGCAGCAAAAUGUCCAAAGACUCGGACGCCCUGUCCAUACAGUCAAAAGACGGCCGCACGAGGAGGAACACUUUCCGCAUACACCCCAAGGGCUCUGUCCACCGCCGGCCGAAUCGGAAAGGAUGCCGUACUUUUGUCGUCAGCACCCUCAAGAACGCCCUCGGCCUGCCGCGCAUUCUCUCCACCUACGACCCGAACGAUCGGCAAACGAAGAUCUGGGAGGCCCUGCGCGCCACGUCCGCAGCCCCGACCUUCUUCGAGGAGAUGACGUUCGGCACACCGCGCAUGUCCUACCUUGACGGCGGCGUCGGCUUCAACAACCCCUGCGCUGAGGUCGACUACGCCGCCAAGUCCAUCUGGGAGGGCCGGCCCAUCGGCGUCAUCGUCUCCAUCGGCACCGGCCUCCAGACGAUCCCAUCUGUCAAGAAGGUUGCCAACUGGCUGCCCUUUGGUCUGGGCACCGACAUAGCACUCGCGUCGGCCCUGGUAUCCAUGGCUACGGGCACCGCGCGCGUGGACAACGAAAUGCAACGCAUGUAUUACGGCUCACCUACGCACUACUACCGCUUCGACGUCGAGAGCGGGCUGGCCGACGUAUCUCUCGAGCAGUGGAUGAAGGAGGACGAGAUGGCGGCGCUGACGGAGCAAUACAUGCGCCACCAACUCCAGCGUGCCUACAAACUUAGCGAGCUCAUAGUCAAACUAUCAGCGCUGCCGCCCAAGUUCGACAUCGGCGCGCUCACCUUCCGCUGCGGUAUCGCGGGCAGAGGGCUCGUAGAUGGCGAGUUCGUGUCCGAGGAGCUCGACUUUAAGACGGGCUUCCCGCUCGGCAUCAGGCCCACCUUCAGCGAUAUGCAACGGCUCGAGGCGACCCGCGACACCAGCCCCUCCGGCAAGGCCGGCAUCGCCGUCGAUCCGCACAGCGGCCGUGCCCAGAAGAUCCUGCCCGUGGCCCUCGACCUGGACGGCGACGGCCGCCGCGAGGAGAGCGCGGUGCUGACGUGCCGGCACGCCGAGAACGUGUGCUUGCGCGCGCUGCGUACCGGCAUCCCUCCGGGCAAGUACCGCGUCAAGUUCAUCGUGUGCUUCUUCGAGCCUGCCAAGACUGCUGCUGCUGGAGAGGGCGGCCAGGUGGGUGUGGCAGACAACAACAUCCAGCCGCCGACGGAGCUCGUCUUCUCGGUCGGCAAGCCCUUCGACACCAAAACCUUCGGCACCCGCUACGUCGACGUCAAAAUCACGCCCGACAUCGUGCCCGUGCUGCUGCACCCGGAUGCCGUGCGCGUGCGCGUCGGCCGCACGCGGUACGCCGACAAGAAGGGCAAAGGCUGGGUCGAGAUCGCGGGCGACGUCGAAGCCGAGGUGGGCCUAGAUGGCGCCCUGGGCCUGAUGGUGACGAAGAAGUUCGAGGAGGGCGUCGUCGUCGGCGGGUGGAGCUUUGGCGGCGUGCGGUUGGAGCCUGUUUUUGACGAGUGA